UUGCUGCUUCUGCGAGCUGUCGACAGGCCUUGUUCUGCUACAUAUUCGCAAGCCUCGAACAUCAUCUUCAUCUAAGCUCAACUGCUCAUUUUCACUGCUAUUUUAUAUUUACUAACGUUGUUUAUAUCCAUCCCAAUAUGUAUUUUUGUGAUUUUUCGCGUAUAGGCUGAUUUAGCAGUAUUUGAAUGUGAAUGCCGCACCCGCACAGCUUUGCCUGGAGAGGGGCUUCACUUUCAUGGAUAGUCUUGUGGACAGCUGGCCUGGAUUCCUGAGUAGGGAUGGUGUCCACCCCAGCCGGCUUGGCAACAAGGUGCUGGCAGACUUCCUGUACCGGGAGGCCUGUGCCUCGUCCACUCAUCUAGAGAGGAGACGCAUCCAGCAGUCCUACAAGGAGUCCAAGGCAUCUGCAUGGAGUGGGUGGGCUCGGCAGGAGCACUUUGCCAUCAACUUGGAAGCCGAUUUUCCUGCACUUGAUAUGCAUGCAGUUCAACAUAAUCCAGCAGUAGGUGGACCUUCCGCUGCACCAGCUCCUGUCUGGAAAACCAACAGUGCUCUCAUGCAGAGACACGACACUGACAAACUGGCCAGUACCAUUCAUGGUAUUGGCUUUAUGCUCGUUGGCGGUGUCCGCAUUCACUGCAAGGGAAGCAAGGCUUGGGGGACCUGGGACAGCCUGCCUUCCCCCAUUUUCCAUGGCACAAGUGUUCCAUGUAAGGGAAACACUGAGAAGAGGCCUGUGCAGCCAAUGAUCCCUAGUCGAGGUGCAAGCACCACUUGUGACAGGAAAAUAAGGAGAGCCUCACAGGAGCAUGAGAGUGCUCUUGUUGUGCACUCUUCUGUGGGGGAAGAGGAGGCUAGUGCUGGAAAAGCAGCUGUGCCACAGGCUGUCGGCCAGUGUGGCGACAGUGAGCGGAAACUGGUGCAGUCAAAGAAGACCCCGCGGAGGCCUGCGGCACUGCACAAGCAAGAACAGAGCUCUAAACUGUGUGCAGACAGUGAAGGCAAAGUUCUUGCUGUGACAGCUGCCAAGUCUAUCAGGUCCACUUCACCUAUGUCAGCAGUUGUGAGCCAGAAACAGAUUCAGUCUGCUUCUUCCGCUGUCUGCGGUAGAAAGCCUGAAGGAUGAGCCAGUGUCUCGCACAACGUCAUUCGUGAUAGUUUUAAAAAGGUGCAGUGUGUUCCUAGCAAGCAGUUGAAAGACUGCUCAGUUAGUUCCGCGACUCACUGUGAAUCUCUCAGGAAUGACGCUGUGUGCGAGGUUUCUGUCGGCAAAAGCCAUCUACCAGCACUCACUCGGGAUUGGAUGUGAAUUGAGUGCGAUCCUGGCACAGAGGCUGGUGACCCUAUGGAAGCUGGGUGCACUGCAGCAGUGCAGUACAAGUAUUGUGAGGCUGCUUUGACAUCCAGAAGCAGGCCUGCCAGCCCUGGUGCCCAGGCUAUUUGUGUAAGCACUGGUGCCAAACCAACUGUCCUCAAUAACCCAGUAAAUACACUACAUGAGGGGGGGGGGGGGGGUAACAAAGUUUAUUUAAAUGCAACAUUUGAUAACUUUCCUUCUUUUAAGAAAAGCUUUGAUGAGUGGUGCAGGGACGGCAGGCAUGUAGUCAUGAUAAAUAAGAGUAAUAAAAGUCCAUUCACAUCAGAAGAUAAGGAUUUCGAGUAUAUUAGGAUUAAAUAUAGCUGCAUUCACGGUCGCACAAUAAAGCACAGGGGAGUAGGAAAGCGACCAAAGCAAGCUUACAAUGGUACUGGCUGUGAAAUGACAGUAUUGGUAAGCCUAUGUAAAUCGCCUACUCUACACUACAAGAUAACUAAACUACAAGCUAAGCAUAACCAUCCCACAGAAUAUUAUGAUUUGUAUUCUCAGAAGAGGCUCCUGAAUUAUGGAGAAAAAGAAUUCUUUGACUUAGCUUAAUGUAAUAUUGGCGCAAAGGAUUUUAAAAACUUGGUCGAGCAGAAAACUGGUAAGAAGUUAACUACAAAGGACAUUAAUAAUUACAAGCAACGAUUUUCUAUUCCUAUCCGCAAUGAGCAGGCUCAUGGUGAAAUGGUUUAGAGAAGAUAGGGACCUUGCUAAAAAAUAAUCCAAACUGGGUUAUUCACUAUGAAAUGAAUCAAAAUAAUAACCUGCAAUUCAUACUUCUUCAAACAACACACAUGCAUGAGAUUUUGAAAAAGUAUCCAGAGAUUCUAUUUAUUGAUGGGUCGUAUAAAGUGAAUAUUGAAGGUGAUAUUCUUUACUCUAUAUUAGUUCAAGAUGGUCGUCGUCAUGGGAGACCUGUGUGUUAUGCCUUCUUACGAAACGAGAUGACUGAAAUUGUUGAGCCCUUGUUCACAAAGUUUGUAGAUUUCAACCCAUUUGUUGUGUCUGCGUGCAAAGUAGUGAUGAUUGAUAAAGAUCUCAAUGAACUGCAUGUUUUAACCAGUAUUCUUCCUAAUUCUAACAUACUUUUGUGUACGUAGCAUGUGUUGCAUUGUUUCCAGCAAAAGGUUAAUGAAAAGGCUAAACAGCAACGUGAUCAGUUGCUUCCUCUCUUAAAAAGCUUAGUUUAUUCCCCCACUGCGCAAGACUACUUCGAUAAGCUUGCUGACCUCCAAGCUAUGACUUGCACAGAUUUCAUUUCUUACAAUAUGCAUAACUGGCACUUGUGUAAGGAAAUGUGGGUACAUGCAUAUCGGCAAGCCCUUCCUACAUUUGGUAAAAAUACUAAUAAUCGCAUUGAGUGCACCAAUCAAAAGAUUAAAAAUUAUUUCUCUUCAAGCAUGCAUUUGGUUCAAGCAAUAGAAGUAUUGGUAGGUUACAUUGAUAAUGAUUCUUUAUCUCUACAGUUCUCUAAGCUUAAAGAAAUGAAGCUGAACCUAAACAUAAAUGAUUUCAAUGACUCAUUUCAGCUAGAAUUGUCCCAUAAUUGCACUUCUGAGGCUACAAGUAAAGUACGAGAGCAGUAUGAGAAGUAUAAAAAUGAAAGUUAUCUAGUCACUUCCACUCGUAAUUCUUAUGUUGUAGUUUCCCCAAGAUCACAGUACAGUGUUUCAUUGUGCUUGACUUCUUGCACAUGUGCUUUUUAUAACCAGUACACUCUGCCUUGCGCACAUAUUUUAGCAGUGCGUGACUUUACCAAGCAAGAUCUUUUCGACAAGGCUUGCAUACCGGACAGGUGGUGCAAGGAUCAUUUCCUGAGUGACAGCUGCACAACCACUAGUGCCACACCAGUGGUAACAAGCAGAAUUCAGUCACCACCCUGUGUGAAGCUUGACAUUGCACAAGAGAAGUAUACUUAUGCUUAUAGGAGUCUUUGCAAAAUGUCGAAAACCAUGGCUAACGUAUUAUCUAAUUGUGGUGAGAAGGAGUUAAUAGAAAAACUUUCGUCCUGCGAGGCUUUCUUCAGAAAUUUAAUCACAUUUCCUCGUAACCAAACUUCAGCAGCCAUAAAGGCUGCACCAGCUCAGUUAGCACAAACUACUGCCACAAGUUACCUUGGGCAUUUUAACAGUACAAAACUUGUGAUACCUUUGGUUAAAGCAAGAAUGGGGCGGCCAAAAAAAGUGAGAGCUGUGAAGCGGAAAUUUUUUCCAAAUCAAGUAAAAAAGGUAGGCCUUGCGACGAGUAAGGUAGACAUGCUAAAUGUCUACAAACGGUAUUCUCUUUCACAUGCAGAUUUAAAUGUUCUGGUACAGGGUACCUCCAUAUCAGAUAGUGUAAUUAAUGUCGCACAGUAUUUAAUUCAGAAAAAAUAUUCUACUUGUGUCGGCUUUCAAGAUGUCUUACUGGACCAAUGUUUGCAAUUCACUCAAAUCAAAGGCCCUUUCGUUCAAAUUCUGCAUGUUCAGAACCCCAAUCAUUGGCUUACAGUAACAAAUGUUGGUGCCGACAAAAACACAGCCUUCAUAUAUGAUUCAAUUGAUCAAGAUACCCCUCCUUACGCUGUCAGGCAAAUCUGUCAUAUUCUAAAAUUACAAUCGCCAACAUUAACCAUUAAAGCAAUGAAGGCACAAAACUAGUGCAACACACUUGACUGUGGCUUGUUUGCAAUUGCUAACAUGUAUUAUAUAGCGUCAAGCAGAAAACCAGAAACUUUGAACCUUAACCAAGUUAUGCUACGCAAACAUUUGCUGCAAUGCAUACAGAAUGGUAUGAUCGAAGACUUUCCCCUCAUAAACUUCAUGGCUGCUGGCGUACAGCCAAUAGAUAGUAUUUACAAGUUACAUUGUGUCUGCUGGCAACCACUAUAUUGUGGGGUAGUAUUGGACAUUACUUGUGCAGGUUGUUCAAGAGGAUUUCACGGAGCUUGUCUCGGCUUUUUAGCAGCUAACUUGGACAAAAAAGUAUUCGUGCGUUCUAAAUCAUGUUUGCUGGUUGGCAAGGAAAAGAUACGUUCUCCUAAUUAAUAAUAGCAUUCCAAUUUCGUGUAGACAUAUGGCAAAAUUUUUAACCAUUCUUCAUGUCUCCUCCUCCUCUAAUUUUUGCUUUUCUUUAAAACUCACAGGGUUUGACGAUUUUGAGCUGACAAGCGCAACGCAUACAUCGGGAGUUUAUGGUCAUGUCUGCCAAACAUUGCAACUCUAUGCGCCGCGGAAAUGGGUCAAAUUUCAAGACGAACGCUUGUUCCCCUUUCUUUUGCAGGCGCGCGCCCUGAAAAGUAGGGUAUGAUGUGCACGUAUGAAUUGCCCUACAUACACAGAAGUACAGUGACAUUGGUCCUCUUUGUAGACGACUGUGCUCUGACGCUGCCAACAGUGGCACGUGACAUGGCAAAAAUUCUGUAACGCGACAUGCAGAGUUAAUGUACUUUGUUGCUUGAAGAGAUUAAUAAAACUUGGUAUACAUAUUGAGACGCAA